AUGGUCCUGCUUCAUCAUUUGGACCGGUUCACCUCAGCUGACCCAUUCAACAGCAGACUGGGUUUUGGAGCAGUCUUUCUCACUGUGUGGAGGGUUCUGUCUUUCUCACUGUGGGAUGAAUUGAUCUUUGGUUCUGGAACCAGACUGUAUGUUUCAGAUGAGAAGGUAGUGAAGCCCGUGGUGAGCGUGUACCCAGCAGUAUCCAGAGCCCACCUGGAGGGGAAGAGCUCCCUGCUGUGUCUGGCCUCAGACAUGUUUCCUCCUCUGGUCCAGAUCUCCUGGAAAAGACAGAAGAAGGACGGUGAUCUGGAGGAUCUGCCCCCUGCUGAGGGAGAGCAGCUGGAGCUCAGAGAGUCGGGUCGUACCGUCUCCAUCUUACUGGUCCAUUGGCAGGAGAACGGCUCAUCUAAAUACAGCUGCUCUGUCCAGCAUGAGGGAGGCAGAGUGGAGGCCCAAACACUACAAGAGCUUCCAGCUCCAGCAGCCUCCUGUCCUCCAGAGAGACCAGACCUGGCAGCUCUGCAGCAAGCUGACUUGUCCUUCCAGUCUCAGUGCAGGGUGAAGCUGCUCUGCCUGCUCUACACGGUGCUGAUAGUGAAGAGUCUGGUGUACUGCUGUGGACUCUCUCUGCUGAUGAUGCUCAGAACCAAGAGACCGUCCACCAUCUGAACACCUGCUGACUCACUGUUUUCUCUCCAACUUUUCCUCCUUUCAUUGUUACUGAUUGUUUGUUUUAAAGCUUCUUAUGAUGCGUUGAAGUCGAUCAUGAAGAGAAUCUGUUUAUUGCAGCUUCACAGAGUUUCUGUAAGGAUUUCCAUCCAGAUGAGGAAAUAUUUCUGUCCUGGGCUGUAAUCUGUGUUCUAAUAACUUUAUAGUUUGAUUUAGAUCCUCUCUGAUCAUUUCUGUCUGCUCCAUAUUUGAUUGUUUGUCAUCAGUUUGGUCAUUUUUCUUUCAUUGUAACACAACUUUAUGGACAAAUAAUUAUUAAACCUUCUUGUGGCCAAAAUGACCACAUAAACUGUU